UAACAUAUAAAUAUAGAAAGGUUUUGGUAAUAAUUAAUAAAAUAUAUGUUCAAUAUUUUUAGUGACUUUUGUCUUUGUGACCUUCAGAUUCAGUUGCAGCGUGUUCCUCCACCAAUGCCAGCUGCUUCGAAGGUCCCAAUCAAGUGUCACAAACAAAUCACAACCAUCCACAAAUACGACUUCUCGAGACACCAAGAGAAGCUCAAACAGAAACUCUUCUGCAUACUGGGUACUGGACUCCCCUUCGUGCUUGCCAAGAAGAAGGCUUCCAUUUCGAGCAACAAGAAAAUCAGCAAGAGAAGAACCAGGUUUACAGGAGUGACCAAGAACUCGUUGAACUAUCAGACCCUGAUUGUGGUUGGAGGCAAGAAGACCUACGUGGGCAGCUACCCUCUCGAAGUCGAUGCGGCCAUCACCUUCGACUUCUACUCGAUGAUGCUGCACAAUGACAUGGCUCCGACCAACUUUUCGUGGAGAGCCGAAGACGUCUUUGAAAUGCUGGAGAGCUUCAACCAGAACGAAGGAGUGUUCGAGGCUUCUCUGUUCAGACACAAAGUAUUCUAAUUCUUUUAACAAUUCUCAAUAAA